AUGACAGCUUCAAAGGUUUCGGACCCAGUCCCACUAGUCACCUCUCUAGACUCGAUCUAUUCCCCUGCUGGACUCCUCAAAAACUCCUCUCGCUGGUCUUCACUCGCCUCCUCUUUCUCAUCCGCCUUUAAUGGCGAAGCGCCCGACUUUAUCGCUCGUGCACCCGGACGAGUCAAUCUCAUUGGUGAACAUAUCGAUUAUGUCGGAUUCUCUGUCUUCCCCGCUGCUAUCGAAAAAGAUAUUCUUAUGGCUACUAAAGUCCACUACUCCCCUUCCGCCUCUGAUCAGGUCGAAGUGGUGCUUAAGAACACGACGAAAAGAUUCGAGGCUACGACCUUCACCUCUUUCUAUCACUCCCCUGACCAAGUGCAACUCUUGAACGAAGGGAACAAAAGAUGGGCCAACUAUUUCAAGGUCGCUUUCAAGGGUUUACACUCUCAUCUACCCAAGGAUGUGCUUGAGGAGGCAAAUAAGAAGCGACCAGUGAAGAUCGAAGUUCUGGUCGACGGAACAAUUCCUCCUGAAUCAAGCCUGAGUUCGUCUGCGGCAAUGACGACGUGUUCGAGCAUUGUCGUAUUGCAAGCGUUCGGAGCACGGCAGUUGAUCGAUAGGAAGGAGAUGGCAGAGGUAGCUAUCGAAUCCGAGCGUCUAGUUGGGGUCAAUUCGGGUGGGAUGGAUCAGAGUGCAUCGAUUUUUAGUAUUCCCCAUCAUGCUCUCUACAUUUCCUUCUAUCCGACACUUUCGGUGCAGCCGACAAGAUUGCCGCCUAGUAUGCCAGAUCAUACGUUUGUUAUUGUCAACACUCUUGUUGUCUCCGACAAAAAGGCUACUGGUCCGGUCAACUACAACCUCCGUGUAGUGGAGACUAGGAUGGCUGCUCGCGCACUUGCCAACUAUCUGGAUUUGAAAGCGGCAAAGGGGAAAGCAUGUAAAGAUCUGCGAGGCGUACUAGAGACUUAUUUCCAAGAAAACGGUGGCAAGGCAAGGCUGCAGCUAGAGAUGGAAAACAGUGCUGCUGUGAAGGAGACGUUCGAGAAGAGUGGAGAGGAGGCAGCGCGGAUCAAAGUUGUUGAAGAAAAAGUCGACUCCCUUUAUGCGACUCUGCAACACGCACUUCCUCGCAACGAAGUGGAAAAGCUUACCGGUUACUCGGGUGCAGAGUUCGAGGAGGAGUUCCUUUCGUCUUUCCCAAUCCAAGCUGAAACCUUCGAGCUCUAUAAGCGGUCUAAGCACGUCUUCACGGAAUCCCUCCGCGUACUACAGUUCCAAGCACUUUGUAGAGCUCACCAAUCGCCUUGCUCCCCCGAAGAAAACACCGAGGUGUACAAGCAACUAGGAGCGCUUAUGGAUGGAUCGCAAGCGUCGUUGCGCGAUCUUUACAAUUGCAGCUGUGACGAGCUAAACGAGGUGGUUGAUAUUGCGAAGAGGAACGGAAGCUUGGGAAGCAGAUUGACUGGCGCUGGUUGGGGUGGAUGUACAGUUCAUUUGGUUGCAAAACCAAAAGUGCAAGUUUUCAUUUCGGCGAUGAGAACGCAGUAUUAUGCGAAGAGAUGGCCGGAAUUGACAAAGGAACAGUUGGAAGAUGCUUGUUUCGAUACACAGCCUGCUGGUGGUGCUUGUGUUUAUCAGGUGUAA